UUUUGAUUUUUCCUACAUCCGGAGGGAGGCAAAGCGCCCGCAAGUAAAUUAUCACGCGAACGCGCGGUCCGUUUACAAAUUUUACGACAUUUUUCCUCAACUUUUUCUUCCUAUCCAAAUCGGUGAAAAAGGAAGGAAAGAAAAACGAUUUUCCGUUCCAAGAGCGCGUGUGUUAUUUGUUUUGUAUUCGCCUUUGCAACUCGAAUGAUGAUCGUGUAGUGAGAGUUUGUAUAUGCGCAAAAUUACGGAUAAAACCAUCGUCGCCGUCGCUGUUUUCCGACCGAGGAUCGUGUGUGGGCGUUUUAUUUAGAACAGGCCGCUAUUGGGGUAAGAUUCUGCCAAGCUUCUGUUGCGUUGUCGUCGUAUUUUGCGCGAUUCGCAACACGAUUUUUCCUCUCGUCUCGAGUAGCUAGACUAAUUUCCCGAGUCGUAUUUCAGUCUUGCAUCGGGCACACAACGGAAAACUCAAUCCCGCUCGGAAUCGUAGCUCGGUUUAUCCGUAGGAAAAAAAAAGGAAAAACUAUACGCGCAGCGUAGAUCCGUUUCGAGUGUAUGUACUUAUACCGAGAUAGUGGCAUUUGAUUCACACACCCAGGAAAAUCUAUCGGGCGCGCACAAAGUCCGAGUGAAGAAAGAAAUCAAGCUCAAUUUCAUAACAUUGGCAGUGAAAAUCGAAGUUCUGGGGUUAGCGAUUGGUGGGGAUUCGUGUGGUUUCCGGAAGUAGUUGAACCCUAGCUGCACCAUUGAUACCAUCAGGGACAAUAAACCCCGAACGCCAUGGAUGAGAAAGACUACGAGAACGGGAUUCCGGUGGAGCGAGACUUCCACAAACUAUCUCUAGUUCAUCGGGUUUACUACGCCUGCAAGGAUGGGUUUUCCCGAUUGCUGUUGGCCACCCUCAAAAACAUCGAAAGCGAUGCCGAUCGGAAGGCCAUCGUCGAUCAGGAAUUCAGCGAAGAUGAGCGCCAGAUCUAUACGCCCCUGAUCGCGGCCGCCAUCAACGGCCAUUAUGAUGUGAUACACAUUCUGCUGACCCAGCUGAAGCCGAACCUGGAGAAGGAAGGCCGGGUGAAGUUCGAUGGCCACUUGAUCGAGGGUGCAACCGCACUUUGGGUCGCGGCAGGGGCAGGUCAUUUGAACAUCAUCAAGCUGCUGGUGGACAACGGAGCCGAUGUCAAUCACCACACCAAGAAUCUCUCGACUCCGAUCCGGGCGGCUUGUUUCGAUGGGCGGCUGGAUAUUAUUCGCUACUUGGUGGACCACGAGGCCGAUAUAAAUUUCGCUAAUAUUUACAACAACACGUGUUUGAUGAUCACCGCUUAUAAGGGCCAUGUGGAUGUGGUGGAAUAUCUGCUGGAAAAUAAUGCCUUACCCAAUGAACAUGCCAAUUGCGGAGCCACAGCCCUACAUUAUGCGGCCGAGUGUGGCCACGUGGAUGUUUGUAAAAUACUGUUGGACUUUGGAGCUAUUUUUAAGAGGAAUGAAUACGGCAUGACUCCGGUGAUCUGUGCUGCCGAAAGGACUAGGGAAGCGGUAGUUCAACUAUUCGUCAACAGACCCGGAUUGCUUACGCGAGAAGAACAAAUCGAUGCUUUGGAGCUGAUCGGAGCCUCAUUUGCCAACGAUAAAGAUAACUACAGUCUGGUGAAAGCCUUUCACUACCUCAUUUCAGCCAUGGAGCUGAGAUUUGAAGACAGUGAGAACAUUAUUCGGAAGCCUUCCUAUCCCCCAAUCGCAGCCUACGAACAUUGGAUCGAGUGUCAAACGAUGCAGGACCUGCAAGCCAUCCGGUAUAAUCACAAUUCGUUACACAUGGAGUCAUUGACCAUACGGGAGCGCAUCCUCGGCCGACAUUGUCCUGAAGUGGCCCACUCGAUAGUGUUCCGUGGUGCCGUCUGUGCCGACAACGGUAGAUUCGAUCGAUGCGAAAGUCUUUGGCUUCACGCUAUGAAUCUCAAGCAGCAGAACUCGCUUUCCAUUCAACGUGAUCUGUUACGAUUUGCUCAACUUUUCUCACAAAUGUUGUCGAUCAAUGUGGCCGUUCGAUUCGGGAGCGUAGUCAACGUACUGAGCGCUUGCGUAGAUGAACUGGGACUUAAUCAGCUGAAAACCGCCAUGCCUGGACCGAAGGAUAUUGUGGAAGUUAUAGCGGAAGAGUACGAACUGAACAUCGUGACUGUGCUGUAUCUGAUAACAAUCAUCACCAAGUUACUCAAGUUGAAAAAUGUUACCGUCACGGAAGAAGAGCUGAGGGAGGUCUAUCGGUUGGUGUACAAGCUGAACCAGAUGUCGGUGAAGCUGAGGGAUGAUCAGACUCUGAUUCACCUAGCCGUGAACGGAGUGACGCAGGUUGACGAUUUCCACACGGAAGAUGUUUGUCGGUAAGCUUUAGGUUUUAUCAUUGAAAUCCAUCACAUGAACUAAUCAAAGGCGAAAACUUUUGGAAACUACAGUUUCUAAUGUGGUUAGAGCUAAUGGAAAUCUCUGGAGAUUACCUCAUUAACCUUCAAUUUUCAUUCCAUCAAAAACCUGCCCUAGAUAGAUAUAUUCCCAUCUCCUUGCAUUAUUUAGACUCUGAUUAUUUAGUGUAAGAAUCUUUUAAAGUCUUAUAACAUUUCUUUUUUCAAGAUUUUCGACUCUGUAGAUCAAAUUAUUGUACUUCAACUUCUAUUCAAGUGCUCUUCUCGAAUUCAAGGAUUCGGGGCGGGCACUUCAUUAUGUUGAGACUUCGCUGAGCCGAGAUAUAAAUUAAAUAUAGGCUAAGAUGAAGUAUAGAUUCUGACCACCGAAAUUCUGAUGUUCUCGAUUUACCAAUUACUGGUGAUUUUUUAAACAAAAUUUUUUUUUAAUCUGGGAUUUUAAAUUUGUUUGUUUAUUCAUACCGUCUGAGAUUUUUUAAACAAAAUUUUGACACAGAAUUUGUAU